AUGGGUGGCGACUCUCUGAGCCUCAGCCCGGGCGAGGAAGCGAGGUACUACCAGGAGACAUUUCGCCGAUUGAGAUGUGAGCGCUUGCAUCAGGUGAGACAGAAGGAAGAAGUUCUCGCAAGAGAGCGGAGGCGGCAGUUUCAGCGCCAGGCCAGAGAAGAGGAGAAGGCAUUCAAGACCGUCGAGGUGCGCGCACAGCUCGCCGCCAAGCGUGCGCAGCUGGAAGGGCUUCUGGAGCUCCGGCGCGUGUGCGAGGCCAAGGCUGGUGCGGCCAUGCGCGAGGCCGAGCUGCUUGAGGCCGAGGCCGAUGCACAGCGGGCCGCCGCCUCAGCUGCAGAGGCGCUGCGCCGUGAGGAGGAGGCCCUGCGCAGCCUCCGCGCCGCGCGGGUGCAGCGCGCCGCGCACUCCGCGAAGCAGCAGCGAGCUGCUGAG